AUGUGUGGACCCAUGUUUCCCUGGCUUAAUGGUCAGCAUUAUGUCAUCGUCCCACAGCGCCACCGACACAGAGUAUCAGCCCCUAGAAAGGGCCUUUCCAAGGAGGACUAUAUCAGGUCUGACAUUUUCAUGAUCAACAGCCAGCCAUCUACCAGUUCUGGCCAAUCCUAUCUGUAUUUCAUCAGCAAUGAACAGAACCAAGCUGGGAGCACGAGAUGGGAUGAGGAGUAUGCACGCUCUGAUUCUUUCGAUUCUUCCAAAAUCAGAGUACUGCAGCUGGAAAGACUCAGACUUUCUCUUGCAGGAAAGACUGCUCCCGGUGCCGUGAACGGAGACGAUGCCUUUGUACGGAGACCUAGGGUUGGUUCUCAAAUACCAGAGAAGAUACAAAAGGCCUUCGAUGAUAUUGCCAAAUACUUCUCUGAGAAAGAGUGGGAAAAGAUGAAAGCCUGGGAGAAAAUCAUCUAUGUGUAUAUGAAGAGAAAGUAUGAGGCCAUGACUAAACUAGGUUUCAAGGCCACCCUCCCACCUUUCAUGUGUAAUAAACGGGUCGCAGACUUCCAGGGGAAUGAUUUUGAUAAUGACCGUAACCUCGGGAAUCAGGUUGAACAUCCUCAGAUGACUUUCGGCAGGCUCCAGGGAAUCUUCCCGAAGAUCAUGCCCGAGAAGCCAGCAGAGGAAGGAAAUGAUUCGAAGGGAGUGCCAGAAGCAUCUGGCCCACAGAACGAUGGGAAACAGCUGCGCCCCUCAGGAAAACUAAAUACCUCUGAGAAGGUUAACAAGACAUCUGGACCCAAAAGGGGGAAACAUGCCUGGACCCACAGACUGCGUGAGAGAAAGCAACUGGUGAUUUAUGAAGAGAUCAGCGACCCUCAGGAAGAUGACAAGUAA